GGAUGGGUCAGGAGGUGCGUGGAUUACAGAUUAUAUCGAUGAUCUCAGGAACGACACGGGCAACCAAUUGAUUUACGCGGAGCAUUGUGACUUGUCCUCCUUGUAUUCCAUUAGAAAAUUUGCUACCACUUGGCUUGAUCAGUCCCCACCGCGUCGUCUUGAUGGGAUUCUGUGCCUUGCAGCCGAAGCGGCACCAAUUGGCAAGGUGAGAGAAUCAAGUAUAGACGGCGUUGAACGUCAAAUGGCAAUCAAUUACCUAGGCCACUUUCAUCUGCUCACAUUGCUUGAACCGUCUCUCAAAGUUCAGUUGGCAGAUAGAGAUGUUAGAAUAUUACUGGCCAGCUGUAUGAGUCAGUCAAUAGGUGAGAUCGAUCUGAACGAUUUGUUGUGGGACGAAAGAAAAUACCCUGCAAACCAGCCAUGGAAGGUCUAUGGGACAUCAAAGCUAAUGCUUUCCAUGUUUGCAAAAGAGUACCAACGCAGGCUGGACAGCUUUCAAAGAAAAGAUGGUGAACCAAAUAACACGAAAAUCAACGUCGUGAACCCAGGAUUGGUAAGAACCCCUUCGAUGCGCCGCAUUCUCUCCAUGGGCUCCAUUUGGGGCCUGCUGCUUUAUUUGAUUUUGUAUCCUUUUUGGUGGUUCGUUUUGAAAUCCGGAGAACAGGGAAUGCAGUCGUUCUUGUUUGCACUCAACUCUCCUGAGUUCCUUAAAUUGCAUGGUGGUAAUUACGUCAAAGAAUGCUCAAUUGUCAAAAAGGAACAGCGCUCUGAACUCAACAAUAAAGAACUACAAGCGGCUUUAUUCGAUAAAACUAAAAAGGUGGUUGAGAUUUUGGAGAAAAGAUCUGCGAUCGAACGGAACAGGCUGAAGAAGCAAAAUGGGGACAAGAGCAAAAAGAAAGAGGUUAAGAACAAGGCCUUAUCGAGUAACGCACAGAUACCAGAGACGGAUAAAUUAAGUUUAUUCAAGUCGGCAUUCAAGAGCCCGCAUGAUCCUGCAUUGUUGAGUAGACUUUCCCAGGAUCAAGAGGAAAAAAAGAACGAGAGAUUGAGGAGUCUGGAUAGGAAACUGGAAGCAAGUAAGAAAUUUACAAGCCAAAAAUAAUUUAAGUCAGCUCAUCUCAGAUAAAACACUUCUUACCUCAUUUCCCUUAAUAACCGAAAUUUGAUAAAAUUCAAUGAAAAUUUAUCAUUUCCGGAGAUCUGUAAAUUACUCACCAACUUAGUCUAAAAUCAACCUCAAAAUGUUUUUUCUAAAACAGUCAUUCAGAAGCAAAAACUUUAUAAGGAGCAUGUCGUCUGCGCUAGAUUCUUCAAAGCUGAAGAUCACCAAAACUACAGCACCAAAGACUAAGCUGCCUAAUGACCAGCUUGUUUUCGGCCAAUCAUUUACCGAUCAUAUGUUGACUAUUGAAUGGACUGCAGAGUCCGGUUGGGGCACUCCAGAGAUCAAACCAUACGGCAAUCUUUCUCUUGAUCCAUCUUCUUGCGUUUUUCACUAUGCUUUCGAACUCUUCGAAGGUCUUAAGGCAUACAAGGAUAGUAAGGGAAAGAUCAGAAUGUUCAGACCAGACAUGAACAUGAAGAGAAUGAACAAAUCUGCUGCUAGAAUAUGCUUGCCUACUUUUGAUUCCGAAGAACUCAUCAAGCUCAUCGGGGAAUUGUUGAAGAUCGACGGUGCUUUUAUCCCACAAGAGAGAGGAUACUCUCUAUAUAUCAGACCAACUAUGAUUGGAACGACAGCAGGUCUUGGUGUUGGAACUCCAGACAGAGCUCUUCUGUUUGUCAUUUGUUCGCCUGUUGGACCAUACUAUAAGACUGGUUUCAAGGCAGUUAGAUUGGAAGCGACCGAUUACGCUACCAGAGCUUGGCCUGGAGGAGUUGGUGAUAAGAAACUUGGAGCAAACUACGCUCCAUGUAUCAAACCUCAACUUGAGGCUGCUUCUAGAGGCUAUCAACAAAAUCUCUGGUUAUUCGGUCCAGAAAAGAACGUUACGGAAGUGGGUACCAUGAACUUUUUCGUUGUUUUCCAAGACAAGGCUACAGGAAAGAAAGAGUUGGUGACGGCGCCAUUGGACGGCACUAUUUUGGAGGGUGUGACAAGAGAUUCUAUUUUGAGCCUGGCAAGAGAGAGGCUCGAUCCAUCAGAAUGGGAUGUCAACGAGAGAUACUGUACCAUCACUGAAAUUGCCUCCAAGGCCGAAUCUGGUGAAUUGGUCGAGGCAUUUGGUGCCGGAACUGCUGCAGUUGUGUCGCCAAUCAAAGAGAUUGGCUAUAACGGCACUGCUAUCAAUGUUCCUUUGCUUCCUGGCGAGCAAUCUGGUCCUUUGACUAAACAAAUCGCAGACUGGAUUGCUGAGUUGCAAUAUGGUGUUGUUGAGAGCGAGUGGUCCAGAGUUGUGAAUUAAUAAAAUAUAUAAAACGGAUCAAUAAAAAAGCACAGCUUCC